CGAGCGUCUGAGCCUCAUCUCAGAAGAGCUUUUCCUCCGUUACAACUCCAAGGCCUCUGGUAUAAUUGCUAACCCAAAGUACUUCAGUCGCGUAGCCUAAAGAGCUUGUGUUAGGUGAUUUGAAAGCUCGUUUGACCCUUAGGUUUCACCCAAGCUUGUGGGUUAUUCACAGACUGCUCUCAAGCCAAGUCUCCGCCUGGGAUAUCACAAAGCAAACGAGCGUUCAGUCAACUGUCCAGGAGCUCGUUUCUGCCGUUUGGUGAGAGUGAUGGGGAACCGUUUGGAGGGUAGGUCCAGGCUGGUGAGGUCCUCAUAUAAAGGAGGGGUUUCGCGCAGCCGGCUUCUCUUUCACCAGCUCGCGAGGUCAUAUAAACCCACAGGUCCCCCAAUAUCAACGACUUCAGCUUCUUCAUCUAUCUUAGCUAGAGAAUCAACCACCAAGCGCGCGGCGCGCACCGCCGCCGCCACCGCCGCCCGCCGAGCCCGCCACGAGGCAGCCAGGCGCGCGGACGCCUUCCGAGAGCCUCUGCUCGCUCCGUGUGCCCCCGCCCGCCCUCGCUUGGUCUCGCCUUCGAACAACAGUGGUUUGGCUUCAGCCAAACGAGCUUCCUCUGUGGGAGUGGAGGGCUCCUUUAAGGGUCCUUUCGACCCUCACGCCCCCCUCCCUACCCUCCCCACCACCAGCACCACCACCAGCACCACCACCGGCGCCGCAGCAGCGGGUAGGUCCCCUUCCAAGGUACCCCUCAUUAGGGGCACCCGCAGGGUGAUCCCCUGUGGGACUUGUGUGGCCGCGCUGCUGACGAGCAGCUCAGCUGAUCUUUGUUACGACGUGGAGAACGCUGGCCGACGGGCCAAGAGAUGUUUCCGGUGCUCCCACGGGCACUCCUGCCGGGCUCUCCCCUCUGCCCUCGAGCCGAUCGGCUUGGAGCUGGUCAAGGAGCUCGUUCGCUCCAAUGGAGUGACGACCCCUGUAAGUCUUACCCUUUGAACCUUUGAUAUUGUCUUCAGGUGUUAACGAGCUUCUAGCGGUCGACUGAGCUGCGCGCCGCCUAUCGGGUGGUGAAGGGGCUCGUCGAAGAUGGCUACUAUCCUGCCUAGAUGGGUCCUGGAACCCCCGAUGGUGGUGUCCGAGCCGGUGCUGGGGGUGUCGUGGUCUGUUUGUGUGGCGCCGAGCUUGUCGGCUGCCAGUAGAGCGCUCGAAAGAGCUGCCUCUGAUGGUCUACAGUCUCGGUAUUUCCUAUACCUAUGGGGAGGGGUUUGUCCUCCCCAGUUUCGAAGAAAUCUAUCGUUUGCUCCUUGU